GUAUAAUGUCAGCGGAGACGGCAGGCAUCGAUCCAUUUGUUUACCGAGGUCGUCUGCUAGCCCAACAAUCUCUGACGUGUUUCGUGAAAGGUGUGCACAAAUUAUGUGAAAAACGCCCGCAUUUAUGUGACUGUUACUGCCGACAACGGAUCCGCGAUGCCGGGGACCGAAGACAGCACAACGGAGUUGGGAGAGAUAGAAAAUGUCAGGGUGGUAGUAAGAGUUCGGCCACUGAGCAGCAAGGAAUUGGAUACCCAUUGUAAGAAUAUAACAGAUGUAGAUACUCUGAACGCCGAGAUCACCGUAGAGAAUCCAAAUGCGGCUCAUGGGGAACCACCAAAGGUCUUCUCCUUUGACGCAGUAUUCGACACAGAUUCAACCCAAGUGGAUAUCUAUAAUGAGACUGCCAGGCCUAUAGUAGACAAGGUACUGCAGGGCUACAAUGGAACAAUUUUCGCUUACGGUCAAACUGGCACUGGCAAAACUUACACUAUGUCUGGCGCUAAAACCUCACCACAGGCCAGAGGAAUCAUUCCAAACACGUUUGCUCAUAUCUUUGGUCACAUAGCCAAAGCUGAUGAAAAUCAAAAAUUUCUCGUGCGAGCAACAUAUUUAGAGAUCUACAAUGAGGAAGUUCGGGAUUUGCUCGGUAAGGAUCAAAAUACUCGAUUGGAGGUGAAAGAAAGACCAGACAUUGGAGUGUUCGUGAAGGAUCUAAGCGGAUAUGUGGUGAACAAUGCCGACGAUUUGGAUCGCAUUAUGUCUCUCGGCAACAAAAACCGCGUUGUCGGGGCGACUGCCAUGAAUGUAUCCAGUUCCCGAUCCCACGCGAUAUUUACGAUUACGGUCGAAUCUAGUCAGAUCGGAGAAGACGGGGAGCAGCAUGUGAAAAUGGGGAAGCUUCAUUUGGUGGAUUUAGCCGGAUCAGAAAGACAAAGUAAGACAAAGGCGACGGGUCAGCGACUUCGUGAAGCCACUAAGAUUAACUUGUCAUUGUCGACACUGGGAAACGUAAUAUCUGCGCUGGUUGACGGACAAAGCUCUCACGUGCCUUACAGAAAUUCCAAACUGACUAGAUUGCUUCAGGAUUCGUUGGGCGGAAAUUCAAAAACGUUGAUGUGUGCAAACAUUAGUCCAGCAGACAUAAACUACGACGAGACUAUAAGCACUUUACGUUAUGCAAACCGCGCGAAAAACAUCAGGAAUCGUGCGAGAAUCAACGAGGAUCCGAAGGAUGCUUUGCUUCGUCAAUUCCAAGUCGAGAUCGAACAGUUGCGCAAACAGUUGGAGGAGAAUGGCGCAGAGCUUUCAGAAUCCGAAGACGAGUCUGAGGAUUCGGAGGAAUCUGGAGAAACAAAGCGGGACAAGAAAGCUCGGCGUAGAAGGAGUCAAAUGUUAUCAGUUGAAGAAUUGGAGGAUAUAGAUACGGAUUCGACAGAAAAGGUCGAUAAAGCUGAGAGGGACGAUAAGAGUCCAGUGGAUAAAGACGUCAUCGAAUUGAAGAAAACUCAGAGUGAGAAAGAAGCGCUGCGAGAGAAGAUGCAGAAUUUACAGAAUAAAAUAUUAGUGGGUGGCGAAAAUCUAUUAGAGAAGGCGGAGGCUCAGGAGCAAUUAUUAGCUGCCACGGCGGUCGAACUUGAGCAGCGAAAGAGCCGAGAAGAGCAAUUGAAGAAAGCUAUUAAAGCGAAGGAGGCGGAACGCAUCGACAUCGAGGAGAAAUACUCGUCUCUGCAAGAAGAAGCGGCUGGAAAAACGAAAAAACUAGCGCGUGUAUACACAAUGUUAAUGUCCGUUAAGGCGGAACUGUCCGAUCUGCAGCAGGAACAUCAAAGAGAGAUGGAGGGUCUUUUGGAAGGUGUCCGGGGAAUUGGUAGAGAGUUGCAAUUGCAGAAUCUUAUUGUGAAUCAUUAUAUUCCUGUUCAAUACCAGACAAUGAUCAAGAGAUAUGUUCACUGGAAUGAGGAUAUAGGCGAAUGGCAGCUAAAGUGCGUGGCGUACACAGGAAAUAACAUGCGCAAAGCACAAACCGUAUCGCCACCAGGAAAUAAUAAAGAUACAAUGCCACCAGACAUGUCAAACAUAUAUCUCUCUUAUAACGUCGGAAUAGACAAUACGUAUGUGCAACCAAAAAAAGUACGAAGCCGUUCCGGUGUUCCCAGACCAACUACCGCGCAUCGACGUACACCGCACUAAACACAAAGAUCCUCGGUCACGAAAUCUCAAAGGUUUAUCUUUUCUCACAUUUUUGUAGAUCUAUUUUUUGAAGACUCACGCGUCCAUGUUUACUCAUGUAAAAUAUAUUUGCAAUGUAUUUGUGUUAGUAACUUGGCGUGAUUAGAUAAUGCGCCCGUUUCCGGUUUCGUGAUAUUCUCGUAUUAUUACUUUUAAGAUCUCGAGAUUUUUUUUAGGUCUACUGGACCUCCAUGAAAGAUUAAGAUUUUUGUUAAGUUAUUUUACAGCACGGCAUAGAAAGCACGAGUAUGUUAUCCAAGAGUAUUCAAUUUUUUAUUUAUAACGUAAUGUAGCAUACAUACACACAAAAGUAUUCCAGCACAUCACGUGUUAAAAUAUUAGAAAUAAAAUUUUAGUAUUAAUAAUAUGGAAGAGAGAUCACUCUGGUAAUAUAGAAAAUGAUACGAGUCCAUAAAAAAAAGCAAUGCUGUACCUGUGGAACGAAAAAGAUUUGAGAAUUUCAAGAAUCAUAUAGAAAAAAAUCAUGAUAUCAUAUUUACAUAUUUAUAGACUCGAUUUAAAAUUCGACGUUCUCCUAAGAGAAAUUUAUUCUACAUUUAAAUAUUCGUAUAUCUUCGGUAGCUUUGUUCGCUUGUACUCCCUACAUGAUUCCUUCGGACAAACUUGACAUAAAAAA